AUAUCUCUUAUCUCACUGUGAACAAGACUUAUAACAGCAAUAUGUUCUUUUUUCCCCCCCUGCUCAAGUCAGUCCAGAGGAUGUCCCUGUCUUACUUUGGUUGCAGGGAGGACCAAUUGGAACUUCAAUGUUUGGCCUUUUUUGUGGAGCAUGGACCUUACAUUGUGAAUGAGAAUCUUACAUUGUAAUGCAUGGAAAUACAUGCCAACCAUUGGUUAUUAUAUUCACACUCACAAUCCAACAACAAAGUUGAAAAUCAACUUCAAGGGAAUUGCCAUUGGAGAUGGGCUCUGUGAUCCUGAAAUGGUGUUUGAUGCUCUGCUAAAUGGAGAUUGGACAGAAUACCCUUCAUUUUACCAGAAUGCCACAGGAUGUACCAAUUACUUCAACUUUCCUUACUGCCAGGUAUCCAUAAUCAAUACAUACUUCAGCCCUGUUGUGCUGGGACUAUUUAGGGCAUAAUCUUAAGGGGACCAUUGACCAGAAUAUGCCAUUGGCAAAUGUACAUGAACAUUUUAUGACACUAUCCACUGUUUGCAAACUACACCACUCAAACUGCUGCUGAGCUGUUAAUGCUAGGAACCAUUUAAAGGUAAAUUUUGCUGGGGAAUUGUUGGGACCUGUAAUACAACAAC